AUGAAGGAGGAAAAUGGAGAAAUGAGGUAUUACAUUUGUUACGAGGACUUAUUUAACAUUCUCGAAGAAACGCAUGUUGCUGUUGGCGACGGUGGAAGGACACGGAUGCUUAAGGAAUGUAACCGCAAGUAUAAAAAUGUAAUAGUUGAGGCUAUUAUGACAUAUUUGAAGCUAUGUCAACCUUGCCAAAAGAAACAGAAGACUUUGAAAAAGGGCAUUGUCGUCAGACCUAUACUUCACAGUGAAAUGAACUCACGCUGUCAGGUUGAUCUAAUAGAUCUACAAACUAUUCCAGAUGGAAAUUAUAAAUUCAUUUUAUUUUACCAAGAUCAUCUUACCAAAUUUGUGAUCCUUCGUGCGCUUCAAACUAAAUGCGCCGUAGAAGUUGCAUACCAUCUUUUGGAUAUUUUCACCACUUUUGGAGCGCCGAGCAUCCUUCAUUCCGAUAAUGAUCGCGAAUUCUCUAACCAAGUUAUUGAGAGCUUAUGCUCCAUGUGCUGGAUGUAA